AUGCUGAACUCCAAGAAAACCGUGAAGUCUUUCAGCAGUCACUCCUCCGUAAGUGUGAGCAGGAACAGGAGGACCCCCCUCACUCGUUCAGGGAUGGUUUCGAGAGAAGGUUGGGGCUCCAGUCCAGCCAUAUGCUCUCCAAUUACAGCUGUAAAGGUCAAUGAAAGUCUUCUGGCACCUCUGAACUUGGAGAUUGACCCGAACAUCCAGGCCAUCAGGACUCAGGAGAAAGAGGAAAUCAAGACACUCAACAACCGCUUUGUUUCAUUCAUUGAUAAAGUGCGCUUCCUGGAACAGCAGAACAAAAUGCUGGAGACUAAGUGGUCUCUCCUGCAGGAACAGACGAGCCGCCAAACCAGCAUUGAUAUUAUGUUUGAGUCCUACAUUGCUAACCUGCGCAGACAGCUGGAUGGUCUAGGCAAUGAGAAAGUGCGUCUGGAGUCUGGCCUGCGGGACAUGGGCAGCCUGGUAGAAGACUUCAAGAGCAAGUAUGAAGAUGAAAUUAACAAACGGAGUGACUCUGACAACGAAUUUGUGCUCCUUAAAAAGGAUGCUGACGGUGCGUAUCUGAAUAAAGUGAAGCUGAAAUGUAAAUUGGACAGCCUAACAGAUGAGAUCAACUUCCUUUGGCAGAUUUUCGAGGAGGAGCUCCGUGAGCUCCAGACUCAGAUAAAGGACACAUCAGUUGUUGUAGAGAUGGACAACAGCAGAAACCUGGACAUGGACGCCAUUGUGGCUGAAGUUCGUGCUCAGUAUGAGGAGAUUGCCAACCGCAACCGUGCUGAAGCAGAGAGCUGGUACCAACAAAAGUAUGAAGAAAUGCAGUUGACGGUAACCAAACAUGGGGAUGACCUGAAAAGCUCAAAGGCUGAAAUCGCAGAGUACAAUCGAAGAAUUGCACGUAUACACUCUGAGAUGGAACUUGUUAAGGGACAGCAUUUAAACCACGAGGCACAGAUCAAAGAGGCAGAAGAACGAGGUGAACUAGCUGUGAAAGAUGCAAAACUGCGUCUGCAGGAGCUGGAAGCAGCUCUUCUCAGAGCUAAACAGGAUAUGGCUCGUCAGGUGCGUGAGUACCAGUCACUGAUGAACAUAAAACUGGCUCUGGACAUUGAGAUCGCCACCUAUAGGAAACUCCUGGAAGGAGAAGAGAGCAGACUGUAUGGUUCAUUCCAGACUCUCACCAUCUCUAAACCACACACCUUGAACUACGACCUUGAAAGCAGCCACCUUACAAGUGUCUCAUCCCAAAAUUCUGGGAAAGAUGUUCAGAAAACAGGUCUGGUUAAGCAGGAAGUUAAGGGUGACAGUGCUAGCAGCCUCACCAGCAGCACUGCCACCAUCACCAAAAGCACAAAGACCACCAUCAUCACCGCCAGUGAGACGGGGAAGAAACUCGUAGCUACGGAGGGAAGUGUGCAAGUGAUGGAUAAGUCUGUAGACAAACAAGAGGAGGAUGUUUUUGAAUGACGGAAGAACAGAUGGAUUGUGUUAUGCACAGGGCCCAGGAUCAGGUUUUUAUAGGUUGGCCUCCACCCCCUCCCCUGGGCUCCAUGAGCAUGUCUAGUUUAAACUGAUUAAACUGAAUUACAAUGCAUUGCAUUAAAUAGGAUAUUUAUACGGCCCUGCGACAAACCCAUAUAUUCUCUUCUACAGUAUUUUGUACCCUAUAACUAAAAAUGACUAAAUGUCUGUCACUGUGAGCACAGUCAGAAAGUACGAGAAACAUCUUUUGUGCACUUUUCUGAUUACUAUUGAGG